AUGGUUGCUUGGAACUGCACACCCAAUAAUCUGUUAGCCACCAGUAGGCAUCAAGUUAUGGCAAUCCCAAUAUUAUGUAUUGUUGCUAUAUUUAUUCAGGCUAUGUUUGCAGAGGGAGCGGUGAAGCUAGGGGCAAGCCUUAAGCCCUCUGCUUCAGGCCAACAGCAAUCUUGGCAAUCCCCGGGCAAGAAUUUCAGUUUUGGAUUUCACCCAAGUGGAAACAGAGGACUCUAUGUUGUGGGGAUCAGAUUUGCUAACAUCAAUGAUUCAACUCUGGUAUGGACUGCAGGCUUCAAUGGCGGAAUUGAAGUGGGAGAAGGAGGUUCCUUCACUUUACAGAAUGAUGGCAAGCUAGUUUUAAGCAAUGGGACACAAAUAUUCUGGCAGAAAAACACAUCCAAUCUAGGCGUGGCAUCUGCAGAUAUGCAAGAUGAUGGGAACUUUGUACUGCAAAACAGUAGUUCAGGCACAGUUUGGGACAUCUUUACAAAUCCUACCGAUAGUCUGGUGGUCAAUCAGAAUCUCAUUGUGAAUCAAAGCCUGCGAUCGGGGCUUUACACAUUUGCCAUGCAGCCCAGUGGGAAUUUCACACUGUCAUGGAACAACAACGUCACGUACUUGAAUGAGGGUACACCACUAGCUACCACAGCGACUCUCACCGGCCAAGGAAUUUUCAAGCUCUCGAAUUCUUCAAAUGAUUCAAUCUGGUGGGCUCGGAGCAUAGAUUACUCCUACAGUUCUACCGCGGUGCGAAGAAUGAAGCUGGAAUCAAAUGGGAAUUUGAGGUCCUAUAGAUGGGAUACGGAUUUGGGGACAUGGCAGCGGGUAUGGAGUGCUGUGGAAGACCAGUGCAAAGUCUAUGGAUGGUGUGGAAAUUUUGGAGUGUGUGUUUACAAUGAUACAGAUCCCUAUUGCGAAUGCCCAUCUGCAGAUUUUGAUCGGUUAGAUCCCAAUGACGCCACAAAGGGAUGCAGGAGGCAACAGGAUAUAGCACAGUGCAGCAAUAACCAGAGUAUGGUUCGACUGAAUAAUACAGAAUUCUUUUCUUAUCCCGCGGACUAUAAAUUAAAUUCUGAGAUAUUUACCUUGGCGUUUCAAGAUUGUUGGCAGAACUGCCUCAAGAAUCCGAGCUGCACUGCCUCUACAAUCAUGGCUGACGGUGCAGGCACUUGCAGAAUGAGGACCAACGAGUUCACCAGUGCUUAUCAAACAGCAAGCAUUUCAAGCACUUCUUAUGUAAAGGUAUGUGGUUCUGGUCGGCCUCUAACCCCACCUCCUCCUUAUGUCAGGAUUGUGAAUAAAUUCACUGCCAUUGAAAUCGCACUGGCAGUUAUAGCUACAGUCAUUGGCCUCGUGACUAUCCAUAUUUGCCUUUGGUGGAUCUGCUGUAGACAAAAUCCUAGGUUUCGGUUUAGAGACUCACCUGCCGUUUACGCCCCACUUGACUAUGCCUCUGGAGCUCCAGUGCAGUUUUCCUACAGAGAUCUGCUGCACUGUACAAAGAAUUUUACAGAAAAGGUAGGUUCAGGUGGGUUUGGAACUGUUUAUAAGGGUGAAUUGUCAAACGAGGUCAUGGUUGCAGUAAAGCGAUUAGAAGGAAUUGAGCAAGGGGAGAAGCAAUUUCGCAUGGAGGUAGCAUCAAUCAGCAGCACCCAUCACUUGAAUUUGGUGAGACUAAUUGGGUUUUGCUCAGAAGGCCGGCAUAGGCUGCUGGUUUAUGAAUUUAGGAAAAAUUCUUCUCUGGAUACAUUCCUUUUUACUUCUUCAGAGCAAGCCAAGGCACUGGAUUGGGACACCCGAUUUAAAAUAGCCUUUGGAACUGCAAAGAGCAUUGCCUACUUGCAUGAGGAGUGCAGGGAUUGUAUCGUUCAUUGUGAUAUUAAACCAGAGAAUAUACUCUUAGAUGAAAAUUUCAAUGCCAGGGUCUCUGAUUUUGGGCUCUCCAAACUCAUACAUGCCAGAGCUCAUCGGAACAUAUCAUUGAGCAGUGUUCGAGGAACCAGAGGAUAUUUGGCUCCAGAAUGGCUUGCCAAUUUACCCAUUACAUCCAACUCUGAUGUCUACAGUUAUGGCAUGGUUCUGCUGGAGAUUGUAAGUGGUAGAAGAAACUUCGAUAUCUUGGCAUCGGAAAGGAAAAGGUUCUCCAUAUGGGCAUUUGAGGAAUAUGAAAGGGGAAAUAUUAUCAAUAUCAUAGAUGAUAAGCUUGGUACAAAUUUAAAUAUUGAUCAGAUCCAAAGAGUAAUUGAAAUCAGCUUUUGGUGCAUUCAGGAGCAGCCCUUUCAGCGGCCAUCCAUGGGGAAAGUUGUCCAAAUGCUAGAGGGGGUUUUGCCCAUGGAAAAACCCCCUGCUCCUAAACAUUUGGAGAGUCUUCAAAACGAUUCCAGCAGCAGCACUAGCCAAACUGCAACCUCAAUUCUUACAAAUUCCGAUCCUCAGACGAGCCCUUUCACUAUAAAUGAUGUCCUGCCAGCAAAUUCUUCUAUAUAUUUGGCAGAGACACUCUCUGGUGGUAGGUAG